CCCCCCCCCCCCCCCCUUGUGUUAGCAUGUUUACUUCCUUCUUAAUUGAUAGUCGACUGAUGCCUGGGUUCUCCCUCAAGCUGUCCACCAAAACUCUGGAGUUUGCCACUCCUCACUUCGCCCUGUUCGGCUCUCAUCCCUCCUACUCUCAUCUUCGGGUCUUUGGCUGUGCUUGUUAUCCUAACAUGUCCGCCACUGCCCCUCACAAACUUUCCCCUCGUUCCACUCUUUGUAUUUUCCUGGGAUACUCUUCCAAUCAUAAGGGAUUUUGAUGUCUUGACCUCUCAAACCGCAUCAUCAUCCCUCGUCAUGUCACCUUUGAUGAGACAAAGUUUUUCCUUUGCCACGACAUCGUCUCCUCCCACCACUAACGAUUUUGAUUUUUUGGUUGAGUUUGAGCCUCCAGUGAGCCUUCCUGGCCUCCUGGCUCCUCCCUUUCAGGUACUCCUGGUGGAAUCACCCCUCCUGGUCCGCUUGGCGUCACGUCACCUGCUGCUGGGACUCCUAUUCCACCACUGCUGGCUGUGCCCCUGGCCCUGGACAGCCCUUGCCAGCCCUCUCCCGCGCCACGCGCGGCCUUGGCUCCCUUGUUGGAGCAUCAUGGCGCCCCUCCCGCUCCUCCAGCUCCACCGGCGCCCCCUGUGCGCACCAUCACUCAUGUCUACACCCAGCAUCACCCAGCCCGUGUUCCUGUCAGCUCUCCGGCACGUCCGUCUGUUCAAGCUGCUGCAAAUUCUGGGCUGUCACAGGGUACUUCAGCUGCUGCAGAUUUUGAGCUAUCACAGGUUGCUCCGGGUGCUGCAAAUUCAGGCCUGUCACAUGGUCCCUUGGUCAGUGCUGCUCCUGCUACACUGCCCUAGGGCGCUGUUCCAAUUCCUCAAGUGGUGAACCAUCACUCCAUGACCACAAGAGGGAAACUUGGCUUCCGUCAGCCAGCUGUCUAUCAUGCGGCAGCCAUCUCUCCCAUUCCGAAGACAUAUCGGAGUGCUCUUGCUAAUCCCAACUAGCGAACUGCAAUGGAAGAGGAGUAUGCUGCUGUUCUGUCCAACAACACGUGGGAUAUUGUUCCCCGACCGUCUGGUGCGAAUGUGGUAACUGGCAAGUUGAUUUUUCGCCAGAAGUUCAAUGCUGACAGCUCCUUUGAUCGGUACUAGGCUCAUUGGGUUCUUCACGGCUUUACCCAAUGUCCAGGUGUUGACUAUGAUGAGACUUUUAGUCCUGUGGUAAAACCAUCAACAGUCUGCACAGUACUCUCUUUGGCUCUCUCAUAGUAGUGGCCUAUUCAUCAACUAGAUGUGAAAAAUGCUUUCCUCCAUGGCACCCUCUCCGAGACUGUUUAUUGUUGCCAACCCACUGGAUUUGCUAACACUGCACUUCCUGACCAUGUUGCCGCCUCAACAAAUCUCUGUACGGUCUGAAGCAGGCUCUUCGCGCUUGGUACAGUCGGUUUGCCACCUACCUCUUGUCUCUCGGGUUUGUUGAAGUCAAGUCUGACACUUCUUUGUUCAUCUACCACCGAGGCAAUGAGAUUGUUUAUUUGCUGCUCUAUGUUGAUGACAUUGUUGUGACGGCCUCCAAUGCCUCUCUUCUUCGCUGCACAAUCACUGCCUUGCAACAAGAAUUCUCCAUGAAAGACCUUGGUCCUUUGCAUCACUUUCUGGGAAUUUCAGUGAAGCAGCACUAAGGUGGUCUCUUCUUAUCACAGCAGCAGUACACCAUGGACAACUCAAACAUGCUGGCAUGACUGAUUGCAAGCCGUGUAGCACACCAGUUGAUACUCACGCCAAAGUUUCUGCUAAUGAUGGUACCCCUGUCACUGAUCCUACACACUAUCGCAGUCUUACUGGAGCCCUCCAGUAUCUUACUUUUACCCGGCCAGAUAUUGCUUAUGCUGUUCAACAAGUGUGCCUUCACAUGCAUGAUCCUUGAGAACCUCACUUGGCUGCUGUUAAGAGGAUUCUCCGGUAUCUUUAAGGAACUGUCAGUCAUGGUCUCCACCUUCAGCCCUCCACUACUUCAGAACUAGUGGUCUAUACUGAUGCCGACUGGGCUGGGUGUCCUGACACUCGCUACUCUACUUUGGGCUAUGCUGUGUUUCUUGGUGCAAAUCUGAUUUCUUGGUCUUCCAAAUGCCAAAACACAGUCUCCCGUUCAAGCGCUGAAGCGGAAUACCGGGCUGUGGCAAAAGGAGUUGCUGAAACCUGCUGGCUCCGCCAACUUCUACAGGAACUGCAUUCUCAGCUGCCUCGGAGCACACUAGUCUACUGUGACAACGUUAGUGCAGUCUAUUUGUCCACCAAUCCCGUUUAACAUCAACGCACAAAGCAUGUCCAGAUUGAUCUCCACUUCGUUCACGAACGGGUCGCCAUUGGUGAUGUUCAUGUUCUUUAUGUACCUACGACGUCCCAAUUUGCUGACAUCUUCACCAAAGGGCUUCCCACCUCUGUGUUUCAAGAUUUUUGCUCCAGUCUUCACAUCAGCGAACCUGCUGAUUCGACUGCCGGGGGUGGGGGGGUGGGGGGGUGGUUAGCAUGUUAACUUCCUUCAUUGUUAGUCGGCUGAUGCCUGGGUUCUCCCCCAAGCUGUCUGUCACCUGUUUACUUCCCCUAUUCAUUGCUAGACGGCCGUUGCCUGGGAAUCUCCCCUGGCUGUCACAUGUGUACUUCCCUCUACCUCUUCUGUUAGUUUAGCUCCGCUAUAUAUCCCUGUAAUCUGGUUUUGCUAUCUAUCAAUGAAUACGAGAGCUAGUUCAUCCUCUAUCACCUUCAUUCCUUGUCUUUAGGGCAACUCCAACUAACCCCUCAAAAUUUGCCCCCCUACUCCCACAAAUGAGAGUCCCCCAUCCAGAUUCAAGCCCUCAUUUCUCUCUGCACUCCAACCGAACCCUCAUUUCAGCCUCCCUAUAUUUCUCACCUAUAUUUUAUACAUUUUAUACAUAACUUCUAACUACCAAGUCCAGCAUUUUGUAUCUACACCGAGUUAUUUCAAAUUGGUAUUAUUGGAAUUCACUGCCAAUAGGUACUACGAGUUUGAUCAGUGCCUUGAACUGGAUCCAAUCUAAUUUGUAGCCAUGCCAACACCAACAUAUUGUCUUCCUGGACAGUGAAAUUUCUAGUCCUCUUCUUACUUGCUUAAAAGGAGGAGUAGAUUGUUCAGCAACUUGUUCAACAUGUGUUUCAGCUUGAAAGUAAUCAAAAAAUAGAUCAUUGGUGUCCCCAUUGCCCGAGACCAAAUCAACCCAACUCUGCAUUUUUUUGUUCCUGCAUAUAUGAAUCGACUUGAGUAGUUCUAAGAACACACAUAAAUCAACUUCAACAACUAAGUAAUAAGACCUUAAUCUUUCUAAAACCAGCAGAUAAUACUCAAUAGUUCUAAAAAAUCUCAUAAUCUUCAUAGUAGUUCUGCUGGAAAUUUUGACCAUCUCAUAAUCACAUAAUGUUCAGAACAGUUCUUCAGCUGUUAAAUAAAUCUGAAAAAUGAAAGACCUCUAGCACAGCAAGGGGCGAGCUGCAACUGGCCAUGCAGCAAGGAGCGAGCAGCAGGUACGAGGUCCAUCAGGCCGCAUGGCAGGGGGUGAGCGGGAGGUGGCUCCGGCGGGCUGCGCAGCAGGUCGUGACUGAAAGCUCCAUGUUUGGUUUUGGUAAUUGAGACAACUAGUGGAUUAAACUUGUACUCUAGUGUUGUGAUUGAGUAGGUUAAGUCCACAUCCAAGUUGAGCAAGAGAUGGCAACCAUGGUGGAGGUGGUGAUGGCCAAGUGAGAUGAUCAAGUGCUCAAUUUUGAAAAGAAGAAAGGGAAAAACAAAAUGAAUUGGCUCAAGGCAAAGGUAUAACCUAAUGCCAUUUUGUUUUGCCGGUCAAGACGCAAUAGAGUGCGUGACCGGGUUUAGGAUAGAUAGCCGUACUAUAAAGAGGGAAAAUCUCAAGGCUAAUGCGGUUAUCAAAGUGCCACUAGGUAAAAUAAUUCCAUGCAUGUGCAUUAGGACCUAGUGAGCUAACAAACCAUUGAAAAAUGCUUUGGAAAAUGCUAACUCGCGUACACAAGUGAUAGUACAACUUGGAGCUAGCACGUUUGAGCAAGGGUUGAAAGAAAAAAAAAGAAAGGGUGCUGUCCUAGGGCGUCGGACCCUGGCAGUGUAGGCGUCGGACCAAUAGGGGCACGGUACGACUGCUACCCUAGUGGCUGAGAGCAAGCACAAGUGAACGCGGGCGUCAGACCCAGUAAAAACGCGCCAUCGGACCGCACGGGCGCACUGUUCAUGCGUCCGAUGGUUGGCGUGCAGUGAGGGCGCACGCGGCUGUAGGGCAUUGGACCGGACCACAGUCCAACGGUUUUGGCGCUCUCAGGAGCUCUCUGUGUGGCGUCGGACCACGGGACAAGAUGGUCCGAUGGUCGUCGGACCCUGGUGACUCGUCGCGCGUGAAAGAGACGUUGGGUGCCAACGGUCGAGUUUAAACGGUCGACUCCAUGUGGCGCGUCCUGGAGGCGUCCAACCCUAUCGGAAUUGGUUGGGAGAUUUAUGCUUGGUGAGUAUAAUGUAAGUAAUGCCUUUUGGGCGGAAGCUAUCAACACGGCAUGUUAUUCAAGCAAUAGGCUCUAUUGUCACUGGCUCUUGAAGAAGACACCAUAUGAGUUGCUCAUCGGAAGAAAAGCCCAACAUUGCUUAUUUUUAGAGUCUUUGGUUGCAAAUGCUACAUAUUGAAGAAAGACACAACAUUGAGCAAAUUUGAGAAGAAAUGUAAUGAAGGGUCUAUGCUACAUAUUGCAAAUGCUUCAUCAACUUGGAUACUCCACACCUAGCAAAGCUUAUAGAGUCUACAACAAGACACAUGGUAUUGUGGAAGAAGUACAUGAUGUUGAAUUUGAUGAAACCAAUGGCUCUCAAGAUCAAGAAGAAAAUCUAGAUGAUGUGAGAGGCAUCCAAUUGAGCAAUGCAAUGAAGAACAUGGCAAUUGGUGAUGUGAGACCAAGAGAAGUGAUUGAAAUUGAAGAUGACAAAGAUCAAGUGAUCCCUCCAAUAAGUGUGCAAGCGAAUAAUCACCUAGCACAAGUGGCUCUCAUGAUCAAGUUCAAGUCCAACAAGAUCAACAUGUGGCUAGUUCAUCCCAAGUGGCACAACCAAGUGAUUAAACAAGCUCAAGCAAUCAAGUUCAAGUUGCCCAACUGGUUCAAAUUGCAAGAGAUCAUCCAUUGGACCAAAUUGUUGGUUAUUUGAGGAGUGAUGUUCAAACAAGAUCAAGGUUAGCAUCAUUUUGUGAACACUAUUCAUCUGUGUCAUCCAAGGAACCAACCAAAAUAGAAGAAGCACUUAUGGAUGUAGAUUGGGUGAAUGCAAUGCAUGAAGAACUCAAAAACUUCACCCGCCGUCAAGUUUGGAAACUAGUGGAAAGACCCAAGAAUUACAAUGUGAUUGGUACUAAAUGGGUGUUUAAAAACAAGCAAGAUCAAGAUGGCAUAAUAGUAAGAAACAAAGCAAGAUUGGUAGCAUAAGAUUACACUCAAGUAGGUCUUGACUUUGGUGAAACAUAUGCCCCGGUUGCAAGAUCGGAAGCAAUAAGGAUCUUAUUGGCAUAUGCUUGUGCCCACAACAUCAAACUCUAUCAAAUGGAUGUGAAGAGUGUAUUUCUCAAUGGCUAUAUCAAUGAGCUAGUUUAUGUUAAACAACCGUCUGGUUUUGAAGAUUGCAAGAAACCCAACCAUGCGUACAAGCUCAAGAAGGUUGUGUAUGGUUUGAAGCAAGCACCUAGAGUAUGGUAUGAGAGAUUGAAGGACUUCCUACUCUCAAAGGGGUUCAAGAUGGGCAAAGUAGAUACAACCCUUUUCACCAAAAGGAUUGGUAAGGAUUUGUUUGUGUGCCAAAUAUAUGUUGAUGACAUUAUCUUUGGAUCAACAAAUCAAGAGCUUUGUGAGGAGUUUGGAAAUAUGAUGGCUAAUGAGUUUGAAAUGUCAAUGAUUGGAGAGCUAAGCUACUUCCUUGGACUUCAAAUCAAGCAAAUAAAGAAUGACACAUUUGUGAGUCAAGGGAAGUACAUCAAGGACAUUUUGAAGAAGUUUGGGAUAGAUGAAGCAAAACCAAUUCACACACCUAUGGGCACUAAUGGUCAUUUGCAUCUUGAUACAAGUGGUGAUGUGAUAGAUCAAAAGCUAUAUCGGUCUAUGUUGGAAGCCUACUAUGUGACUACAUUAAGGCCGGAUGUAAUGUUUAGUGUAUGCAUGUGUGCAAGAUUUCAAGCCUCACCAAGAGAAAGUCAUUUGAAAGCAAUAAAAAGAAUAUUGAGGUACUUGAAGCAUAUAUCCAAUGUUGGUCUAUGGCAUCCCAAGGGGUCAAACUUUGAGUUGAUUGCAUAUUCGGACUCCGACUAUGCGGGUUGCAAGGUGGAUAGAAAGAGUACAUCGGGCACUUGUCAACUCCUAGGGAGAUCACUUGUUUCUUGGUCAUCAAAGAAACAAAAUAGUGUUGCACUAUCAACUUCCGAAGUGGAAUACAUCUCGGCCGGUAGUUGUUGUGCACAAUUUCUAUGGAUGAAAGCACAUUUGCAAGAUUAUGGGAUCAAGAUCAAGCAAGUGCCAUUACCAUGUGACAAUGAGAGUGCCGUGAAGAUUGCCACCAACCCGGUUCAACAUUCAAGAACAAAGCACAUUGAUAUCCGUCAUCACUUCAUUAGAGAUCAUCAAGCAAAAGUGGAUAUCACAAUUGAGAGUGGGCACCAAAAAUCAACUUGCAGACAUAUUCACCAAGCCGCUUGAUGAAGCAAAAUUUUGCAAGCUUAGAAAUGGAUCGAACAUCCUUGACUUCUCCAAUAUGAAUUGAUGCACCCCACAUAUAUAACAUGCUUGUCCUCCAACAAAGCAAAGGUAAAAUCGCUUAACAUAUGCAUACAUCCUCAGUAGUAUGUGUAGGUGCAUAUAGACAUAUUUAGGGACAAUCUAGGUCAUUCUUUGAAAACCAAAUAAUUUUAGAGUUCAUAUGGUACCACUAUUGCUUCUAUGUUUGAUUGAUCUAGUGAUAAACAUAUGACUUGUUCAUGAGAUUGUGAACCUAGUGUUUGAUGUAGUGUAGUUGCUAGUGUGUGCUUGUGUGAUUCAAUCUAGAGAUCAUAACAACUAGAAGAUGUGUAGGGGCUUGCAUGUGGUGAAAUAGAGCUAGAGCAAUAGUUGCAUAGUCGCUGCCCCCUCUAGGGCUUGUGUGAUUUAAUCACUAAUCAAUCUUGCUCUAGUGCUUUGUAGUGAUUUUUAUAGGCUAUUCACCCCCCUCUAGCCAUUUAGAUCCUAUUAGCGACCUCCAGCAGGCCGCGAAGCAGGGGGCGAGCAGGAGGUGGAUUUGGCAGGCGCAAAAGCAAGUGGUGAGCUCCACCAGGCCAUGCGAGCAGGGGGGCGAGCUCCACAGGCUGAGCAGGGGCUGCUCCGGUCGUCCGACAGGACUCCACAGGAGGGCACAACCGCAAUAGAAGGGGAUCGGCGAAAGCACGUGCUACACGGGAGCAGUGGCGGCCAUGGGCGACACCACAACGAGAAGAGAGGGAUGGGGACAUACCGGCUCGGAGAACUCCGGGGCGGCGCGGGAAGACGACCGUUGCUCCUCUCCGGCAGGAAGCAGAGAUGUAAUUCCGUGAUACGUGUGUAACUGAAUGUCGGAAGCAGUUUUUGGAGAAGUUCACCAAGUCAGUCCACAAGCUGCUGCCCAAGCCCACCAUCCACAAGCGGCGCUCCACUCUACCUCGUCAUAGCAGACAGGUUGAUGGGGUGAAUCCCUGCUCGCCAGGCUUGGUGGUCACUAAUGCCAAAAAAGAGUAAUCGGACAGAUGGCAUUUUUGCACUAAAAUGGCGUACCCAGUGCAGAGAGCUCCCGCUCUGUGCGAGGUCUGGGGAAGGGUGUCAGUGGCAAGCCUUACCCUCGCCUGUGCAAUGCGAGGAGACCGCGACUCGAACCCGGGACCUUCCGGUCACAGGCGGGACUGACUGGUGGUGCAAAUACCUACUUUUAAAUUAUUGAAACUGGGAGCAUGAAAGGGUCAGGACAAUCAUUGAUUUUGGACAAAUAAGCUGGAACCAUCCUCACAGCCUCAGCCAGUGAUGGGUGUUGGGUCACAACCUUAUCCUGCUGCUGCUGCCUAUGCACCACUCACAAUGGUACCUGGAGCUCCUGCUGUUCCUCCUGGCUCACAGCCAGCAGCACCAUUCCCCAAUCCAGCUUAACUCAGUGCUCAGCACCAGAUGGUCUACCAGCAGGCUCAGCAAUUUCACCAAUAACUUCAGCAACAGCAUCAACAGCAGCUCAGAGAGUUCUGGACUACCCAGAUGGAUGAGAUCGAGCAAACAACUGACUUCAAGAACCACACCUUGCCACUUGCAAGGAUAAAGAAGAUAAUGAAGGCUGAUAAGGAUGUGCGGAUGAUCUCUGCAGAAGUGCCCGUUGUCUUUGCGAAGGCAUGCAAGGUAUUCAUAUUAGAGCUGACAUUGAGGUCAUGGAUGCACACAGAGGAGAACAAGCGACGGACCUUGCAGAAGUACGACAUUGCAGCUGCCAUCACCAGGACUGAUAUAUAUGACUUCCUGGUGGACAUAAUUCCGAGGGAUGAAAUGAAAGAAGAGGGACUCGGGCUUCCAAGAGUUGGCCUGCCGGCUGCUAUGGGGCCCCAGCUGAUCAUAGUUCUUAUCCAUAUUACUAUGUGCCAGCACAGCAGGUAUGAUGUAUGGUGGCCAGCAGGGUCACCCAAUGACGUAUAUGUGGCAGAAGCCGCAAGGGCAAGAGGAAGAGCCCCCGAAGAGCAGCAGCAGCAGUCUCCCUGAAAGUAGCCAAGGAUAGUAACAGCAAAGCAAUUACAUCUUGGUCUGAACUUAGGCCUCUAAGCAAAUAUGAUUUGGUUAUGUUAACUGCCGAUGAUUGCUGGCUGAAACAGUUGCCAUUGAUUAGGUCAUAGGGUUUCCUGAUGGUAGUUUCGACUCCCGACGCUGCCAUGGCAGCAGUAGAAAAUGAUUGUGAUUUGCAAACUAAUGUAGUAUAAGAUUACCCUUUUCUGUCUAGUCCAAUAUACCAACUGUUGGGCCAAUGGAGGCCCUUGUAGCAACUGAGUGAUGGGACUUCAUGCGACGCCUGUGUUUGUUUGCCUAA